GUUGUUUUUGAGCUCAAAUAUGACACUUAGCUAUCAAUCUUUCAAUUUCCCUAGUUAUUGUGCAUGUGUAUGCUUUGCUCAACUGUUGAUCCAGUGUUCUAAGGUUCAGUGUAACUAGGAUUUGCAAUACCUUUUUUUUGUUGUAUUAUAUUUACAGUUCUGCACUUCUGCUAUAUCUAGCCAUGUAGGUAUUUGGGGAAACGGUAAAAGAAGGAUCCUCGUUGCAUGUUCUGUUAGGUACCACAACAAAGUGCCACGUUUUCCUUUGUGGAAACUGUAGUGCCUGUGCCAAUGCAAACAGUCCACCGGACUGAGUCAGUGGAAGCUCUUUCUGAUGAAGAUAGUAAUAGUGAUACAGAUGAAUCUCCCACAAACGAGUAUGAUCCGUGGGAACCUCCCCGUCCUCGUCCUCAUCCCUCAUUAGAUCAGUUGACGUGUCCUGUUCAACGUAUGAGGAAGUACAUGAUUCAGAUACGGGAUUUCCUUGCUGACGCCAGAGCCACCAACAUAAUCGUCCCGGACCGCACUUCUAAGGAGGCACACCUACAGUUUUAUCACAUAUACGAUCGUUUGUCGACCGUCCUCCAAAAGGAUAGUGUUAAGCUCUUCCUCCGCAUCUACCAGAAGUAUACGGGCAGCUUGGUUUUUGGUUUUGUCAUCACUCCACAAACCCUUGACUUAAUUAUUGCAAAGAAUGCACUGCGUUGUGCUAAGCUUGUUUUGGAGGGGAAGUCGCCUAAACUCUGGGGGCAGCGAGCCAACCCCAACUACAUUACGAGCUUUGGGUACUUCCCGCUCCACCAAGCUGCCGAGUCAUUCUCCAUUGACAUGAUUGAGUUACUGUUUCGUCAUGGUGCAUCGGCCAAUCAGGGCACCUCGGGUGAUAGAAUCAUCAAAGGCCUCCUUCCACUCCAUGUUGCCAUCGAGAACACUUGCCAGCACAAGUAUCUGGAGGAUAAUCUAUUAGCUGAUCAGAACUACUGGAAGGGGAAUGUCGAGUACAUCUACAAACUCGUACAUCUGCUUUGCCUGCCUGAGAUGAAGAUCUUCUUGGACACCACUAGAUUGCUUGCAACUCACACGGAUAAUGUAGUAGAUGAGCUCUCGAAUUACAUCAAGCAAGGGAAGCUUGUCCCUGCUGCUAUUUUGCUCCUUGCAGCUCAAAGGCAAUUCCGUAACCUCAAUGGGUUUGAUAUGAUCAAGGAUCGUAUUGGAGAUUAUAUGGUCGCCUUGGGAAGAGAAGGGUGUGGAGUUGAAAGUGGUAAAAAUACCAAGGCAAAAAAGCAUCUGAAGGAUAUGAAAGUGCAUCUUAUUAACGCAUUGCUGCUUGUUAAGAUAAUUCUCAAAGCUGGUGAAGCUCUUGACGGAUAUAUUCAAACUCAUUUAGAGGCAUCUCAUCAGGAGGUCCUUGGAAAAGUUUCAGCAAUUCUCCAGAAUCAUGAUGUCGGUCCUACUGGAAAAGAAUUUUGCAUUGAAGACCUUAACUGCUGCCCCUAUGACUGUGGACUGCCGAACGGUCUGUUACAUGAACAUGGGGACACAGAUUUGACCAAGGCAGCCAUUGGAUCACCUAUUCCAAAAGCAGCAGGGAAAAAAGCUGUGGCAAAGAGACGAAAUGAUAGCCACUGGUAUGCAAGAGAUCAGUUUUUCCCAGUAUGGAGAUCAGUGUUAACAUCUCAGUUUGUUACAAAUGCCAUCCCGCCCUAUGCACCGAAGAAAGAGUUUCGGCAGUAUACUUGUGAUGCUAAUGAUCAUGUGGCCGGUAGCUCCCAGAAGAAGUUGAUUGAUGAAAGGUAUUCUCACAUUCGUCUUGGCAUGUUGGAGAGAAGCUAUCCGGUAGUAACAAUAGGUCGUCGGAAAUUGCGAAGUAAUCAUCGAUCUAGAAGGCUUUUUAGUACUGCUGCAUCGACUGUCCUUAAGAUGUUGAAGCGUGUAUAAUAAUUUACUACUCGA